AUGAAUACAUCUACCAAGAGUAGUAGCAUUGCACCACCACCAGCUGGUGGCACUAUUUCAACUACAACUUCUUCCAAGUACAAUUAUCUACCGAAAUUUAACCUGCAGCAACAAUCUAAUAAUCAGCAAUACAACAAUACAAACAACACAACACAACCAAAUCAACCACCACCACCGCCACCACCACCACAGCAACAGCACACUCAUCAUCAAAGUAGAGUCUUUUCAAACGAUGUAAUUGACUCAUUAGCAAAUAGCCUUUCUUUCAAUAGAACUGUCAGCUCGUCUUCUUCGAUAUUGAGUACGCCAAGCAACAAUAUUCGAAAGUAUCAACGACAGCAGCAGCAGCAGCAACAACAACAACCACAAGACAGUAGUCACAACCAAACUCAGUUACACCCAAAGCGAGAUAUCCACCCUCGAAAUGACAGCAAGCAGAAAGGAAUUGAAAAGAAUGGUCGAAUAUCAAGAAAUGGGCAGUUGAUCAAAAACAAGCUUUUGAAUAUACAUCAGUCUCACAAACAGCUACAUCCAAGCUCUAAUACAACUGUGCAACAAAAGCAAGAAGAACAACAGCGUCAGCUGUUACGACCAAAGCAAUCUCGCUCUCAUGCACAACAAGAACCUCCACAAAAAGUUACUCAUGAUGCUGCUUAUUAUGCGAGAAAAGUAAUAUUUGGUAACGACACCUCAGAUAGUGAAGAAGAAGAACAAGAAGAAGAAGAGGAGGACGAUACAGGAGGAGAAGAAGAGAAAUGUCUUCCAAUACGUUCAAUUCCUGGGUAUACUAGAGGAGAAUUACAAUUGUUAUUGAAACAGCCGACGCAUGCACAAUUGAGUGAAGAUGAAGAAAAGAGAUUAUUACUCGACCACAAGAGGAAGCUAAUGUCGAAACAAGAACGAUAUUUCAUGAAGUCACAUGCACUAGCUAUUCGUCGUCAGGUGCAAGUAUCACAAAAGAAGGAUGUGUUGGAAAAGAUUUUUGGUGAUAGCAAUAUGCUCAUUGGUGAGUACAUGACGAACAAUUCGGAGUAUUCUGCUUUGGAUCAUUCUUUUAAUAUCCACAAAGUGUUGAAUGAAGACAAUGAGGAGAUUACCAAUUUGUUGGAGGAAGAUACUUGGUUUCAAGCAUCAAUGGAGGAGUUUAGAACCUUGAUACUGAGAAAGAAACAGCUGUAUGUGUUGUGCGAUGGAGACAAUGGCGAGCAACCCCCAAGUUACAAGAUAACAGUGCCUGACUUGAUUAGCAAGUUUGAGUUUCAUGAGGCUAGUGCGGAUGCGGUGCGUGCGGACGAUGAUGAUGAUGAUGAUGAUGAUGUUGACAUGGCGCUGGAUCGAAAUGAGGAAUUGUAUCAGUUAGGGUUGUCUCAUUUGAAAGCAAUUUGCAAGAAAGAAAGAGAAGAAAGUGGUGAACUACAGUAUUAG